AUGGAGCUCUUUGAGACCAACCCUUAUUUUUUCCCGGACCAGAGGUUUUACGAUGGGGAAAAUUUCCUGGGGUCCCGCUUGCAGGGCUACGAGCCGGCGGCAUUCCCUGAGCGGCCCGAGGUGGCCUUGUGUCCCGAGGGCAGGGUGGCUUUGGAGGAGAAGGACUCAGCCCUGCCCGAGCACUGCCCUGGGCAAUGCCUGCCCUGGGCCUGCAAAGUUUGCAAGCGGAAGACGGUGUCCAUCGACCGCAGCACCCUCAACCAGCAGGAGCGGGAACAGAGGGAUCUGCGCUUCCGUCCCACCGCUGCCCAGCCCGGG